AUGAUCCACAAAGUAGAUGAUAAAAGAAAUCAUGCUCCAAAGAAUGAUAAAAACGCUGGUGAAAGUUCUAUAAAAUUAAAUACAAGUAAUGAUUUUAAUGAUAUUAAUCAGAAAAUCAAAGAGCUUUUAAAAAAAUGGGAAGCUUUGCUUGUUGAUGCAAGAAAAAAGAAGCAAAAAAUAACAGAUUUAAUUUCUAUAGAUGUGCAAGAUGGAAGGAAUACUGCGGAUAUAUUGCCAUUUAAUGCAGAUGAACAUGAAGAUUCUGAUAUAUCACCACUACUUAAUAACAGAGAUAACCAAGAAUUAGAACUUUCUGGAAGUAUUCUUGACGAACCUCAACUAUCAAAAAAAGUAGCAAAAAAAUCAUAUGUAUUAAAGAUGUUUAUCUGGAAUAUGAAAAGUUCAUCAUAUGGUGAUAAUAUUAACUAUUAUUUAAAAAUAACAGGAAGAGUAAUUUGA